AGUGGCAUCUAGCGCAUCUCGUCAUUUGGAGCAAGUGCGCUUGCGCUGCCUCCGUCAGCCGGGUUCGGGAAUAUGGCCGCGCGGUCAGUGUGGGCGGUCCGGCGGCUGGUGCAGCGCCUCCUGGCCUCGAGUGCCGCGUCCGAAGGCAGGGGAUGGCUGCAUCCUUUCAGCACCGCCACCCAGAGAACUGCUGGAGAGGACUGCAGUUCUGAGGACCCGCCCGAUGACCUUGGGCCCUCUCUUGCAGAACGAGCCUUAAAGCUUAAAGCUGUGAAACUGGAGAAAGAAGUCCAGGACUUAACAAUGAGAUACCAGAGAGCUGUAGCUGAUGGUGAAAACAUAAGGCGGCGAACCCAGAGAUGUGUAGAAGAUGCCAAGAUAUUUGGAAUUCAGAGUUUCUGUAAGGACUUGGUAGAGGUGGCAGACAUUUUGGAGAAGACUACAGAGUACAUUUCUGAAGAAACAGAGCCUGGGGACCAGAAGCUCACUCUGGAGAAGAUCUUCCGAGGGUUAUCACUUUUAGAAGCAAAGCUGAAAAGUGUGUUUGCCAAACAUGGCCUAGAGAAGAUGACACCCAUCGGUGACAAAUACGACCCUCAUGAGCAUGAACUCAUCUGUCACGUGCCCGCUGGCGUUGGGGUACAGCCCGGCACCGUGGCAUUAGUAAGGCAAGAUGGCUACAAGCUUCAUGGCCGCACCAUUAGACUUGCCCAGGUGGAAGUGGCCGUGGAGUCUCAGAGAAGACUAUGAAAGGACCGUGAGGAACUGGAUGUUCUCCCAGAGUACAGUCACCUGUGUUUCCUUUAUUUAUUAAACUAGGUUUGUAUUGUACAUGAGGUACUUCAUGUGAUCUGUUUUGGAUUUAGUCAUAUUGGCUUUAUUUCUAAAAUACUACGGAUUUAAUGUGACCUAUGUGGUCUCAUCAGAAGUCUUGCCAUUGGGCAUUUGAACAAUGUGACAAGUGAUCCUGUGGCCUUUGUCCAAAUCUGUUUAAGAAAAUUAUUUUAAAAUUGGUACUCUGAUGACUAUCAAUUGAAAAUCUUUUUAAAAGAUGGAAACGAGGAUAUGUUUAUGUAUUUUCAGCUAAAUGUUUCUUUCUAAUGGUCUCCGUAACAGGAAUUAUAUAGGAUCUGUUAUUUCGUGGGAAAAGGAGAUGGUAGCGAUUGAUUCAACGUCUGGGUACUUAGAUGCUAAAGCUGUAUAGAGUUACAUGAAUUUAGAUCGUUUGGGUUGAUUUUUAUACACAUAGUUUUUUUUUUUUAGGACUUCCCCUUGUUAUUUUUCUUUUAGCCACCUUUUGUCCUUGUAGUCCCCACCAGGUGGGCCAUAUUCACACUCAUUGUCCCUUUCCAGUUCCCGUUUAUAAGGGCUAAUUAAGGCCAAGGCAAGACUUGGAAGGCAAGGAGUAUCAAGAAAUUCAAGAUACGAGGUCCCUUACAAGCAAGUAUGACCAAGAAACGUUGUGCUGUCUUUGCUGAGUUACCUUCAAAUUUUCAGCCUCCCUGGGUACAUAAUCAUUUCAGGGUAACUGAAGCAGCACCCAUAGCCAAUGAUCCAAGUUGGUCUGUAUAAGUAAUUUACCUACAGCUUUUCUCUCCACUAGCCCUUAAAUCUUCCACUUCGUCAAAUUUGCUUUAUCAUCCUUUAUUAGAUUAUGCAGGGAGGUGGUCAGGACAAAAAUAGGUUCCUACAAUUUCUCAUUUCAUUUAGUUAUGCUGAUUUUUUUUUUUUUUUUUUUUUUUUUUUUUUUUUUUUGGUACUCACAAAUCACUACCUCUCUCACACUGAUAAACUUUGUUUUCUAGUUUUUGUUUGUCUUAUGUCACAUGUAUUAAUAUCUAGCUGGAGUUAGUGAGACUGUGUGGUUUUGUUUGUUUGUUUUUUCUAGUCUUACUUAUACCUGGUGCUCUGUAACAGAUUUGGUCAGUAAAUAAGUGAAUGGAUGACCUAUGAAUCAGACUUUAGAAAGGAGGUCAGUUAUGGAUUUGUAAUGUUCGAAGAGGCCUUCAUGAUGACCUCAUCUCACCCUUUCAGCUUCUUAAGAAUGAAGACAUCUUUUAAGAACUGGACUCAAAAAUGUCUAAAACCAGUAAAGUGAAUUUCUGUGAGGACUUGAAUAAGGAAUAACUAGAUACUAACUUUAAUCAUUUAAGCUUCAACAGUUCUGUAACGAACGUGCAAGUGUGUCCCCAACAAACAAAUGUCGUUGGAGGUCCAGAUUGCAUGGGUUCAGGUUUUUACGUCGGUUACCCAUAAAGUAAAUCCAUUUCUAGAACUUUAUGACCCCAUUCCGUGGAGUGGUAAAAGUUAUCCUCUUAGACAUCAUAGAUGGUUCUAGCACACUCCGCACAUAUCAAUAAAACCAUCCCCCAAUGGGCCCUGCCAUCUCCACCAGAAUUAGACACUUAAAAAAAAAUAAAUAAAAA